CAUGUUAAAGGAAACUAAACCCUCUUUCAGUUCCGAUUUUAAAAAGCGGGGUAAGAGAUUGCAAUUUAUUUUUAUUUUUUAAAAGGGAUAGGUUGGUUGGAUAGUUUGGUUCUAAAAAUAAAUGAAAUAUUCCUUACCCAGGUUGUUUCUUCGAUGAUCCAAAACAUUUAAUCGUGACAGAAAAACAAAAACAGAAUAACUCUGUGGGGAGAGGGUACUUAUGAGUGACCUACUUUAGCUUGAUCUUAUAGUGUUUCCUAUGAUAUUUACCCAAACUGAAGCCAUCUCUGAGCAUCUGUAGGUGUGUGUUCAAUGUUUUUAACACAGUGAGUGAAGGGUGGGGCAGUAGGACCCUGGGCUGCUGCUGCUGUAACAGUAAAACAGGCAGCUGGCAGGAGGGAGGAGCCUGAAAUAAAACCAAACAACCCUCCACACCCUGCAGAGUCAGAAGUUCAUCCGCAUUCCUGUCCAACAAACCCGAACACAUCUAUACCACAGAGAGAGAGAGAAAGCUGGGAGGAACCACUUCCUGAGGCUGGGAGUUUGGGAAGGGCCUGACGAGGGACUGGAGACCAGAACCACCCCAUCAUCACCAUCCUCGCCCUGCCAGUCUCACCAUGAAUAGGGGAGGCAAUGAUGAAGGUGUACCUGGUGGCCUCGGUGAACCAGCCCAACAGCUGGGUGGGGAAGGUGCAAGUGGGAAGGCGACGAGCAAACUGACCGCCCACUCCUUUACACCAGGCUGGACCAAAGUCAGCUGCACCUGCUGUGUCUCGGAGCAGGUCGAGCCGCUGGUUGUGGUGAAGCUCGGACAGAAGGUCAUCCCUGAGACGAAGCGCUGGCUCAUCAAACUGAUUGGGGCUCCCCAGAAGGAUGGAGGUGCCGGGUUACUGGCUCACCCAGGCGAGGACGCCACUGGUAACAUCAUCGUGUUGUCUGCGCCACGCUGUACGUUACUGCGAGCCACAGAGGAGCUGGGGCUGUGUAAGAUUUACCGCAACGGUGACAUGGAGGCCUUCGCCUACGACGACAGAAAACACUUCAGAGAUUCAGAAAACAUGGAGGUGUUUCUAACAUCGGCAGAGCGACAGUACAUCAUAAAGUACGAGCUGGACGGUCUGCGGGCCCAAAAGGACCUGAGGAUACCCGGCCUGCUCGACAGCUGCACACUGCAGAAGCGAGACAGCAUCUGGCAGAAGCUGAGAGCAGCUGGUGUUGUUGUUGACAUAUUUCCUCUCCACAACCCGGGCAAACUAAAGGAUCUUAGUGAAGCGUGGUACUGUGGGAACCAGCUGGCUCAACCACUGGACAAAGUGAACGAGUAUUUUGGUAGCUCUGUGGCUUUCUACUUCAGCUUCCUCGAUUUCUACACCUGGUCUCUCCUUCCACCGGCAAUACUGGGUCUCUUCAUCGCAUAUUUCUCAAGAGAGGUUCAGAGGGAGAUGCUGCAGUCAGUCUCGAGUUCUCAAGCUGAGAAAGUCCAGAAUGAACCUGAACCUCUUAUAAGCGGUCACAUGCUGCAGGCGGUGUUCAGCAUGCUAUGGUCCACGGUGGUUAUGGAGCUGUGGAAACGCCGCAGCUCCUCACUGUCGUACCGCUGGGGUACCCUGAACCUCGCCGAACGUUUUGCGGAGCCACGGCCGGGUUUCCACGGCGACCUCGGGGUCAACCCUGUGACCGGUCGUAUGGAGCCGCUGUUUCCCGAAUGGAAGAGGGACCUGCGUAUGGCACUGGUGUCUGUCCCGGCGGUCGGGCUGUUUUUAGGACUGGUGGUUCUGGGAAUGAUGUGUUUCUACUGGGCAGAGGCCGGGGUGAAGCAGCUGCACAAAGAUUGGAACACCAUGGUGUCUCAGACUUUACUCUACGUGCCCUCAGUGCUCCAUAUUGUCUACACAAACAUGCUUGCCACAGCUUACAGGACAUUAGCCCAGGCGUUAACUGAAUAUGAGAACCAUCGAGAAGAGUCGGCCUAUGACAAUCAUCUGACAGGCAAAAUCUUAGUGUUCACCUUCUUCAAUAACUUUGCAGUGCUCUUCCAUAUUGCCUUCUUCAAGCAGGAUGUGCCGCUGCUUCGAAAGCGUUUAGCUUCUUUGCUGAUCAUCAGUCAGGUGGUCAACCAGGUGACAGAGGUGGUUAUACCAUUCCUUGUGGACCGAUUCAUCAGCGCCCCCCACAGAACAGAGAGCAAAGAUGACCCAGAAGAAGACAAAUUUAGGAACCAAGGCAACCUGCCUCUUUUUCCAGGGCUGUUUGCAGAAUACAUCGAGCUGCUGGUGCAGUUUGGGUAUUUGAGUCUUUUCUCCUGCAUCUUUCCUCUGACUGCCGUUCUACUGCUCCUCAACAACCUAACAGAAAUCCGAUCGGAUGCCUAUAAGAUUUGCAAACUCUUCCGCAAACCCUUUACCCCUCCUGUGGCCGGCCUGGGCGUGUGGCAGCUCGCCUUCGAGGUCUUGAGUUUUGUAUCAGUGGUGUCCAACUGCUGGCUGCUGCUGCUGUCACCCCACCUGCAGGGACUUAGCCAGGAGGCUGGGUUGAGCGACAGCAACCUUCUGAUGGGGGCUGUUAUAGUGGAGCAUGUCCUGAUAUUAGCCAAGGUGAUUAUGGCCGCCCUGAUACCAGAUGAGCCUGACUGGAUCCGGAAAAAGAGGGAGCAUAUCGAGUACACAUCCAUGCAAGCCCUCAAACAGCGAGUUAACUAAGUUGAGUUGACUUUCUUACAUAUUUGGCUUUAUUCCUCAUCUUUCUAAGUUAGUUUUCUUACGCUUUCCAGAAGCUGAACGUUCAAGAGCCCUAACUUUGUUUCAAGGUGUUGAAGUAGUGCUCAUUUUCUCUGGAGGUUAAACCAUAGAGAAGAGAGCUCAAGAGUGGUCCAUAUUGCCCCACAGUUGUGACUCUGCUCCAAGUGUUUAUGCCGUAUUUACUAAUUCAAACUGCUUCUGCAACUUAAACUAACAUUGUAAACAUACUGCAAGUGCAAUUCAAACAGCAGCUAAACGUGUUUUAAUCCUUUAAUAUGCAGCAAAUGGAUUGCAGGGACUGCAUUUAAAGCAUAGGAGUGUUGUAAUAGUAAAAUGCACAGAUUGUACAGUUAACAUUUAAAAAAGCGGACAGUUUUUGAAGUUGCUAAUUGCACCAAAAACAGGCAGAAUAGUUGUCUCAUUGCUGCCGGCCGGUGACAAAAUGCAGUUAGUGUUCAGAUUUCAUAUAAAUUAACAGUAUCAUUAAUAGUAAACAUAAAAAAGGGACAAGUGAGCUCACUAUUAAAGCGAAUUUUAGCAUGUCCUUAUCCAGAUAAAAAAAAAAAAAUGAUUUAACAGAGAUUUAUCUAAUUAUGUUUUAAUAAAUUGUCCUGCAUCUUAAUACAAUACAUGCCCCUAAACAUUAUAACUGCAUACAUUUCCUUCUCAUAAAUGUAGUCAGAUAAAUCCUAACUCAAUUUAAUUAAGGGGAAAAAGAAAAACAACCGGAUACCAAGAAUUACGACAUAAAAUUGGAACUUUGCAGUACUAAUAUCUGAGUAACCCACCUUAAGACUGUACCGUCAAAAAAACAAAAUGACCUGUAGGUCAAGGAGUUAAUUCAUUCUAAUUCUUAUCUGACAAGAAACAGAAUGUAAUAAUGUGUAUAGUUGCAGUAGACUACUGUGUCUAGACUCAACCUUUCUUAAAUUGUGCAUCCAAGCUGUCUGAUUUUCCAGUAAUCUCGGUAGGGGGUUUAAUCAAUUGCUUUCCAGGCUUUUUGGAGGGUUUUGUUUUUUGGAAUUUGACGGCUUUUUUAUUGAAGUACCUGCUUUGCCACCUGCGACUAAAGUAAAAUGCCACAACCUGCUAUUUAAGUGUGCCGUUACAGUACAUGUAGACUACUCAGACUACUACUAGACUACUACUCAAUUACUUAGGUUCAAAUACUUAAUAAUAAAAUUUAAAUUAAAAAAUGGUUUAAUAAACAACUCUAAAAUUGAGCAGGUAUUUUAAAAUGGCAGCUAAAAUGGCUAAACAAAGCAGGAAAUGUCAAAAAUAUCACUUUUAAAAUAUCAUUACCCUAAUACCAUAUAACAUGACUUAGGUAAUUAUGCUAUGAGGCUAACCAAAUGAAUAUUCCUAUGGAGGACGUGUGACCUUUCCUGUGAUAGUCUGUUAGUUUAUGUUUUGAAGUAGCUUUAAACCAGAAAUAAACUUGUAUAUAGCUAUAGAUAGCUAAGUUUAGCUUAACCUAACCGUUCAAGCUCUCUCAAAUGUGAGGGUUUGUUGGAAUAUAAAACUUUACUUCAGUUAAAAGGAUUUAGAGAAAUUACUGAUGGCUCCAAAAAUUAUUACGGCACAUUUUGAUUGCUAAACAUGACCAAAUGCAAAUGUUAAGUGUACUUUGCAACAAAUUAUGGACACAAAUUAACUCGUAAACACAUAUCAUUGAAUGGUUAGGACGAGUUUUACUUACUUGGUCU